AUAAAAAAUAGGAAAGAAUAUUUACUUGAAUAGAUAAGGUUAACGGAUCAUAUAGAAUAGGACAAAACUUAUAUUUUUUAGUAAAAAAGUUGAACUUAAUUUUGAUUUAGUAAAAAAUAGGUGAUUUUAGUUGACCCGAAAAAUUGCAGUGAAAAAAUAAAUAAAUUGAUUGUUGUGAUAUAUUCAUUUGUUUGAAUCUUGCGACAGAGAAGAAAGAAAAUGGGAAGGAGCAAGGUGUUAGUUUUGUGGAUCCUAAUCUCUCUUUCUCUUCUCGCUACUCACGUUAGAUCUGAUGCCUCCGAUCACCGUUACGGCGACGGAGAUCCCGUUCCUCUUUACGCUAACAAAGUCGGUCCCUUUCAUAACCCCAGUGAAACGUAUCGUUACCUUGACCUCCCAUUUUGUGUAACAGGUCACGAGAAAGAGAAGACUGAAGCGCUUGGUGAGGUGUUGAAUGGAGAUCGCCUUGUUAGUGCUCCUUAUGAACUUCACUUUAGAAAGGAGAAAGAUUCUAAUGUUGUGUGCAAGAAGAAGCUCACAAGGGAGGAAGUUAAUCAGUUCAGAGAAGCGGUUAAAAAGGAUUAUUAUUUCCAAAUGUAUUACGAUGAUUUGCCAAUCUGGGGAUUUAUUGGAACUGUUGACAAAGAAGGAAAAACUGACCCUAGCGAGUAUAAGUAUUUUCUUUACAAGCACAUUCAGUUUGAUGUUCUGUAUAACAAAGAUCGUGUGAUUGAAGUCAGUGCCCGAAUGGAUCCUCAUUCUGUGGUGGACCUGACUGAGGACAAGGAAAUUGAUGUUGAGUUUAUGUAUACUGUGAAAUGGAAGGAAACUGAUAUUCCUUUUGAGAAGAGAAUGGACAAAUAUUCUCAGUCUUCUUCUCUGCCACAUCACUUGGAGAUUCACUGGUUCUCCAUCAUAAACUCCUGUGUAACAGUUCUUCUUUUGACUGGUUUUCUGGCAACCAUUCUCAUGCGUGUCUUGAAGAAUGACUUUAUGAAAUAUGCUCAAGACGAGGAAGCUGCUGAUGAUCAAGAGGAGACAGGAUGGAAGUAUAUUCAUGGUGAUGUUUUCCGGUUUCCUAAGUAUAAGUCCAUAUUUGCAGCAGCCCUUGGUUCUGGCACUCAGUUGUUCACUCUCACAAUAUUCAUUUUUAUGCUUGCACUUGUUGGUGUAUUCUAUCCCUACAACCGAGGAGCUUUAUUUACUGCACUGGUGGUCAUAUAUGCUCUCACAUCUGGCAUUGCUGGCUAUACUGCUACUUCCUUCUAUAUUCAACUUGAAGGGAGUAAUUGGGUUAGAAACUUAUUGCUGACAGGAUGCCUCUUUUGUGGCCCCCUUUUCCUUAUGUUCUGCUUCCUUAACACUGUUGCAAUUGCUUAUAGUGCAACUGCGGCACUUCCUUUUGGUACAAUUUUGGUGAUAGUCCUAAUAUGGACGCUGGUAACUUCACCAUUACUUGUAUUGGGUGGCAUUGCAGGUAAAAAUAGCAAAACAGAGUUCCAAGCACCUGUCCGUACUACAAAAUAUCCCCGAGAAAUUCCACCUCUGCCUUGGUACAGGAGCACCAUUCCCCAGAUGGCAAUGGCAGGAUUUCUCCCUUUCAGUGCCAUCUACAUAGAGCUGUACUACAUUUUUGCUAGUGUCUGGGGCCACAGGAUUUAUACUAUCUACAGCAUACUCUUCAUCGUCUUUAUUAUUCUGCUGAUUGUCACUGCUUUCAUCACUGUGGCUUUGACAUACUUUCAACUUGCUGCGGAAGAUCAUGAAUGGUGGUGGAGGUCUUUUCUUUGUGGGGGAUCAACUGGCUUAUUCAUUUAUGGCUACUGCUUGUACUACUACUAUGCACGAUCAGAUAUGUCUGGUUUUAUGCAAACUUCAUUCUUCUUUGGUUACAUGGCUUGCAUCUGCUACGGCUUCUUUCUCAUGCUCGGUAGCGUAGGUUUCCGUGCCUCUCUGCUCUUUGUCCGCCACAUAUACAGGUCCAUCAAGUGUGAGUAGUUGUGGCUGAAUGUUUUGGUAAGGUUAUAUAUUAUUUCUGUUAGGUAAUGAGAAAAAGUCUACGAAUUUCUUUUCCUGUCAUAAGGUAGGUUAUAUAGUGUACCUGAUAACAAGGGAAGCUUUGACUCCUCUGAAUUAGUGUCAUGUUAUUCUCUGCACUUUAAUUGCACAUGCUUGACACUUGAGGUAGAUUUUGGAUCCAUGGAUUUAUAUGUUUUAUUACUGUAGUUACUGAAAUUUAUUUGAAGUAGAUUGUACUAAUUAACUUUUCUGUCUGAUUUGAGAUAAUGACUAUUUACUAUUAUUAUC